CGAAAAAUUAGCAAUCUCCAUUUCAACGCCACUCCGAGCUUUCAUCAAUGGCGGCUUUAACAGCUCUUUCCAGUUCCAUCACCACCUUCAAAUCCAGUUCGUUCCAACCACGCGCCUCCUCUAUUAACCCUCUCCCCUCAGUCAAAUUCCAAUCAAUCUCCUCCAAUAAUCCAUUAAUCUCCCAUUCCGUCUCAGCUCCGAAAAACUCCACUGUCGCACCUCUCCGUUCCGCCGCCGCCUCUACUACACCGGAAACCACCAAGACCGCCACCACAUUUCACGGCCUCUGCUACGUCCUCGGAGACAAUAUCGACACUGACCAAAUCAUUCCAGCAGAAUACCUAACCCUUGUACCUUCAAAUCCAGAUGAGUACAAGAAACUCGGGUCGUACGCUCUAUGUGGACUUCCCUCAUCGUACCAAACCCGUUUCAUCGAACCGGGUGAAUUCACGUCAAAGUACUCCAUCGUCGUAGGUGGCGACAACUUUGGGUGCGGGUCAUCUCGUGAGCACGCACCGGUUGCUUUAGGUGCAGCUGGUGUAUUGGCAGUGGUGGCGGAGUCGUAUGCGAGGAUCUUUUUCAGGAAUUCAGUUUCGACUGGUGAAGUUUAUCCGCUUGAAUCGGAAAAGAGGAUUUGUGAGGAGUGUAAGACUGGUGAUGUGCUGACUGUUGAAAUUGGGGAGAGUAGAUUGAUUAAUCAUACAUCUGGGAAAGAGUAUAAAUUGAAGCCUAUUGGUGAUGCUGGUCCUGUCAUUGAAGCUGGUGGCAUUUUCGCUUAUGCAAGAAAGGCUGGAAUGAUUUCUGCACGAGAAGCUUAGUUUUCCAAGUGGUAAUUGGCUCAGUUCUUUUUAAAGUUUUGUACUUUAUGCUUGCUGACAAAAGAUUAUUGCAUAAUAAAUAUGGUGUUUGUUGUAUGACUUGGCGAAAAAUUCAGCACCUUUAAAGUUGUCUUGUGUGUUGCUU